AUGUCCAAAACUAUUGAUACCACAGCCUUCGAGGUGCCGAGUCCUCCGCCCACUACUUCGUCUUCGUUGCGGCGGCUGAGCUUAGGUAUCCACGAUCUCACCACUCGACUAUCAGCAUGGUUGUUCGAUUGGACUCCGUUCGUGCUGGUCUCUACAUACUACAUUGCUUCAACUGCGAUAUACACAUCAGCGACCGAAGGAACCAUCAAGGUGUUCUACUUCUUUUACAUGGCUGUCAACUUCUACAUCGCCAUGUGUACGGUCAUUGAAGCCUUUCUCGGCAUCUCUCCUCUUCGCGAGUCCAGAAAGGCUGCCGACGAAGUUGAUCAGAACGGGAACCAAUUCCCUACCCACGACGACAAGCUUCCAAUAAUCGAUAUUGUGAUUGUGGCAUAUCUGCCCAAUGAGCAGGAUAUCGUCAAGGAUCAAGUGUGUUAUGCUUUGGAUGAGCUGGUCUAUCCUCGAAACAAGUUAAGAAUCAAUCUCGUCUACAAUACACCAAAGCCCAUCGAACCUCUCCAAUCAGAGUUGACCGAAAUGGAGAAGCAAUACCCACAACUCACAGUCACCAAUGUUCCAGGCUCCAAAUCAAAAGCCGACAACCUCAACUACUUCUUCAAGUUCAACACUGGUGCCGAUAUUAUUGCUAUCUUCGACUGUGAUCACUUCCCACACCCUUACAAUCCUCGUUGGGCCGCUGAGCGAUUCAUGAAGGAUUCUUCGGUGGAUAUCGUUCAAGGACGUUGUGUGGUCUACAACACAAACGAAACGUUCUUUACUAAGAUGAUUGCGAUCGAGUUUGACAAGAUCUAUGCUGUCUCUCAUCCUGGCCGUAGCCGUUUGUUCAACUUUGGACUCUUCUGUGGUAGCAAUGGAUACUGGAAGGCCGAUCUACUCAAAGGCCACCAGAUGCAUGGCCACAUGCUAUGCGAAGACAUCGACUCAGCAUUACGCGCAUACGGCGAAGGCAAAAAAGCCGUACACGACAUGAACGUCCUUUCCUACGAAAUGGCUCCCACAAACUUUGCCGCGUUCUGGAAACAGCGUAUGCGAUGGGCUCAGGGCUGGACCCAGGCAUCCAUACGCCACAUGCCUUUGGUCUGGAACAACCCUCCCGAGAAGAAGAGGACUAUCAGUGAGAGAUUUGGUGUUUUGUCCUUGCUGUUUGUGAGGGAGAUUAGUUAUUAUCUGGUUACUCAGCAUACAUGUCUGCUCUUGUCCUUUAUCAUCACCGGGUGGCCGAAGAACCCGGCGGAUCUGGUCAAGUUGAUCUUCUUCCGGUAUCCGAUGGCUGAGUGGUUCCUCUUCGCAACCGUCAUUUGUCUCAUCUUCACACUUGCCAUCACACAGAUGGCAAGAUCUGAGUUCACAACCUUCUGGAUGAUGAUCUUGUUCUCGGUCGUAUAUACGCCUUAUCUGAUCUUGAUGGCGACUAUGGGAAUAUACGGUCAUGCACGCCAGAUCAUUGGGUACAGCAAGUGGAACGCCACAUCUCGUAAAUAA